GUUUUCCUUCAGGAGCCCAACAGCAUGAUCUUCCCCUUGGAUUCAGAGGAAAAGAAAGUGAAGCUGAGCUGCGAAGUAAAAGGAAAUCCCAGACCAACCAUUGGGUGGAAGUUAAAUGGAACCAAUAUUGACAUCGGUAUGGAUUACCGCUACAGCGUGGUGGAAGGCAACCUGUUGAUCAAUAAUCCCAAUAAAACCCAAGAUACUGGAACAUACCAGUGUGUAGCAACAAACCCAUUUGGAACAAUUGUCAGCAGAGAAGCAAAGCUUCAGUUUGCUUAUCUUGAGAACUUCAAAACCAGAACAAGAAGCACGGUGUCCGUCCGCCAGGGCCAGGGCAUGGUGCUGCUGUGUGGACCACCACCCCAUUCUGGAGAGCUCACCUACGCAUGGAUCUUCAACGAGUACCCGACCUUCGUACACCAGGACAAUCGCCGCUUUGUUUCGCAAGAGACCGGGAAUUUGUACAUCGCGAAGGUGGAGGCUUCAGACGUGGGGAACUACACCUGCGUGGUGACGAACAUGGUGACUAACAGCAGGGUCCUGGGUCCCCCCACCCCGCUCAUCCUCAGGAACGACGGGGUGAUGGGAGAGUAUGAGCCUAAAAUAGAAGUGCAGUUCCCAGAAACGGUUCCAUCUGCAAAAGGAACAACGGUGAAACUGGAGUGCUUUGCCUUGGGGAACCCAGUUCCUGCAAUUAGCUGGAGGAGAGCGGAUGGGAAACAGAUACCCAGAAAAGCCAGGAGACACAGAUCAAGUGGACUUCUUGAAAUCCCAAAUUUUCAGCAAGAAGAUGCUGGACUUUAUGAGUGUGUAGCUGAAAAUGUGAGGGGGAAAAACAUUGCUCGAGGACAGCUGACGUUUUAUGCUCAGCCCAACUGGAUUCAGAAGAUCAGUGACGCACAUGCAGCCAUAGAGGAAAGUGUCGCCUGGGAAUGCCGAGCGAGCGGGAGACCGAAGCCCUCGUACCGCUGGCUGAAGGACGGGGAGCCGCUGCUGCCCCAGGGCAGAGUUCAGCUAGAGCAGGGCUCGCUCACAAUAAUGAACGUCAGCCUGUCGGAUGCCGGCAUGUAUCAAUGCGUAGCAGAAAACAGACACGGCAUCAUUUUUGCCAGUGCAGAACUGAGUGUCAUAGCUGUUGGUCCAGACUUUUCCAAAACACUCUUGAAAAAGUUAACUCUUGUUAAAGUGGGUGGUGAAGUAAUCAUUGAGUGUAAGCCGAAAGCUUCCCCCAGACCUACUUAUUCUUGGAAGAAAGGAAAAGACAUCCUAAGAGAAAAUGAGAGAAUCACUGUUUUGGAUAAUGGGAGCCUCCGGAUUGUGAACGUCACCAAGUCCGACGCAGGAAGUUACACCUGCGUGGCAACAAACCACUUUGGGACGGCAAGCAGCACAGGCAGUCUGGUUGUGAAAGAUCCAACCCGGGUUAUGGUGUCGCCUUUCAGCAUGGAUGUCACUGUUGGAGAAAGCAUUGUCUUGCCUUGUCAGGUAUCUCACGAUCACUCGCUAGAUAUCGUGUUUACCUGGUCGUUUAAUGGACACCUGAUAGACUUUGAAAAAGAUGGGGAUCACUUUGAAAGAGUCGGAGGGGAUUCAGCUGGUGAUCUGAUGAUCAGAAGCAUCCAGCUGAAGCAUGCUGGGAAAUACGUCUGCAUGGUGCAAACAAGCGUGGACAAGCUCUCAGCUGCUGCAGACCUGAUUGUAAGAGGUCCCCCAGGUCCACCAGAAGCUGUGACAAUAGAUGAAAUCACCGACACCACCGCGCAGCUGUCCUGGAGGCCAGGAGCAGACAACCACAGCCCUAUUACAAUGUAUGUCGUACAAGCAAGGACCCCCUUCUCGGUGGGAUGGCAAGCGGUGAGCACAGUUCCAGAGAUCAUCGAUGGCAGGACGUUCACAGCGACAGUGGUGGGUUUGAACCCUUGGGUCGAGUACGAAUUUCGAGUAGUGGCUGCCAACCUGAUUGGGAUUGGAGAACCCAGCAGACCUUCAGAGAAGCGAAGAACUGAAGAAGCUCUUCCUGAAGUGACCCCGGCUAACGUCAGUGGUGGCGGAGGGAGCAAGUCUGAGCUGGUCAUUACUUGGGAGACAGUGCCUGAGGAGCUGCAGAACGGAGGGGGCUUCGGGUACGUGGUGGCCUUCCGCCCCUUCGGCACCGUCAGCUGGAUGCAGACUGUCGUGGCCUCCCCGGAUGCCGCCAGAUACGUCUUCCGCAACGAGACUUUGCCGCCUUUCUCCCCCUACGAAGUUAAAGUGGGGGUCUACAACAACAAGGGGGAAGGGUCGUUCAGCCCCGUGACGGUCGUCUACUCGGCAGAGGAAGAGCCAACGAGAGCCCCAACCACUGUUUUGGCCAGAAGUCUUUCUGCCUCAGACGUUGAAGUUUCUUGGGCUCCUCCUCGGGAGAACCAGCAUAAAGGAAGAAUACAGGGAUAUGAGGUCAGGUGUUGGAGACACGACGAAAAGGAAGAAAACGCGAAAAGGAUUCGAACGGUUGGAAAUCAAACAUCUACAAAAGUCACCAACCUGAGAGGCAAUGCGCUGUAUCACUUGGCAGUCAGGGCGUACAACACGGCUGGGACCGGCCCCUCCAGUGCCGCAGUCAAUGUCACAACCAAAAAGCCACCACCGAGUCAGCCCCCCGGGAACAUCAUAUGGAAUUCAUCCGACUCCAAGAUCAUACUGAACUGGGACCAAGUGAAAGCGCUGGACAACGAGUCAGAAGUGAGAGGAUACAAAGUUUUGUACAGGUGGAACAGGCAGAGCAGCACGUCCGUAAUAGAAACGAAUAAAACCUCCGUGGAGCUCUCCCUGCCAUUCAACGAGGACUAUAUCAUAGAGAUAAAGCCGUUCAGCGACGGGGGCGACGGCAGCAGCAGCGAACAAAUCCGAAUUCCAAAGAUAUCAAAUGCCUACGCGAGAGGAUCCGGCUCUUCGACCUCCAAUGCCUGUACCCUGUCAGCCAUCAGCACAAUAAUGAUAUCGCUCACAGCUCGGUCCAGUUUAUGA